ACAAAUAGGUCAAAAGAGAACAAGUCGGAUCAACUUCACCUAAUCACAUCUCACAACCCAUAUUCAGUUCUUCGGUCAACAAAAAUGGCGGAUACCGGCGGUGGUGCCCUUCCGACUGGAUGUUUCAAGUGUGGUAGACCUGGACACUGGUCUCGCGACUGUCCUUCUUCUAAACCUAACCCUAAUAAUUCUAAUCUGGAUUCUACUUCUGCUCCCGAUUUUUCCACUAAAUACUCAAAGACCAGUAAUGGUGGUGGAGGUAACAGUAACUAUCAAUUGAAGCCCACUGCUAAAGAUUCGAAGCCGAAAAAGGUUCCCAGAACUCGUCCUAAGGUCACCCCUGACUUGCUACUUGCCGAUGAAGGUCUUGGAUAUAUUCUCCGUUAUUUUCCGCGUAAUUUCAAAUUUAGAGGUCGUGGAUAUGAGGUAAAUGAUUUGAAGAAUUUACUUCGUAUGUAUGCUGAAUGGCAUGAAAAAUUUCUUCCAUACUUCCCAUUUGAUCAGUUCAUACACAAAGUUGAGGAAGCUGGAUCUUCAAAACGUUUGAAGUCAUGCAUUGCUGAUCUAAAGGAAAGAGUUGCCAAUGGAGGGGAUCCCACAAAGCUGAAAGAGAACAAUACUAAAAAUGAGAUUUUAAACGAGCAAGAAGAUGUCCGGAAUAUGGAGGCGCCUACUAAUAAUCAAGAAGACUUGACUUUCAAUGGAAAUUGUGCUAAUGACAUGGAAGAAGAUAUACUCAAUGAAAUGUUUAACGAGACUUUGGAAGAAACAUCCAUCACUAGGCAAGCUAAUAACACAAGUGUCGGUGUGCUGCAAAGCCAAAAAUCCACUGAGCAAAAUGAUAAGCCAUCUAGUGUUGGAGGUGGGAGCUCCAAUCCUAAGAUUACAGAAGAAGAAAAAUCACUUAUGGAAGCCAAAAGACAGAAGGCACUUGAGAAAGCUGCAGCACGCCGUCGACUACAACCACCUUCUUAAUUUUGCUUUGGGCUAGCUCCACCCCUCCCACCCGAAUUGGGCCUUGAAAAAUUGCUAUUGAUAUUAUAAUUUUGCAAUAUUCUCCCAUCAGUAACAUAUUUGAGGAUGUGCAUUGUAUUUAUUGUGGUUCAAUAAUUAGUUCAUAUGCAAAAAUGAAGAAAAUAUUUUGACGUGGCCUUGUGGAGUUGGAACAAUUAUCAGCUACUCACUAAUUCAAUAUACACCAGCAUAGCCUUGUUAAUUUUGAUAUAUUUAUUUAAUGUCAACAUUCUGUUUAGUAGAGACAGUUAUUGAGUAUCAAGUGGGCGCUCAAUAGUUUUCAUGGCUCUUAUAUUAGUUGAUAUUGUGGUCUUGGUAUUAUCCCCAUUCCCAAUGAAGUUUAACGCACUAGAAUUUUCCUAGUGUCUUGAGAUUUGGACUUCAUUAUCUAGUUGAUAGGUUUUUUUUAUGAACGAAUGAUCAUCGCGACAUAAGGAUGAAUAGCUUGUUGAUUAAUAUGUUGAGGAAUGUUAGAAAUUUAAGGAGUAGGUAUGUGGUGGGUUUGUAGUGAAAUUGUAAUUGAUGAAUUUGUAUUGUGGGAUGGA